UGGUUGUUGUGUUGUGUGUUGCUUGCUCAGCGGUUUUCUGGUUUUGGUUUUGCAGCUUAUUUCAGGAUAUUAUUUUACACCUGUUUGAGAUGGAUGAGAUCAAACCAAAGUGCAAUGUUGAGCAGUUGUUCCGGGAAGCUAAAUCGAAUGACACAUAUUUAAAAAUAUGUGCGCCUAUGGUAAGAUACAGCAGACUGGAAUUUCGAAAUUUAGUUCGAGCUUAUGGAACUGAUCUCACCUUCACUAGCAUGAUAAUGGCUGAUUCAUUCUGCCAAAGUGAAAAGGCUAGACUCAAUGAGUUUACCACAAAUAAAGAUGAUACACCAGUGGUUGCGCAAUUUGCCGCUAAUAAUUCUGUGGAUUUCCUAUCCGCUACCGAGAUGGUAUAUCCCUACGUGGAUGGAGUGGAUUUAAAUUGCGGAUGUCCUCAACGUUGGGCGAUGCAAGAUGGAUACGGCAGUGCGCUUUUAAAGACACCGGAACUGAUCGCGGACAUGUUGAGCACGGUUCGACGGAAUCUGCCUGGUUCGUUCAGCGUUUCUGUCAAGGUUCGACUACUGCAGAAACCCUUGGGCGAAACGAUAGAUAUGUGCCGUCAGCUGGAGGCGUGUGGGAUCUCGUUUAUUACAGUUCAUGGAAGAACACCGGUCCAGAAGACAAACAUUCCGGUGAACAAGGAAGCACUGAAAGAGAUCAAGAGCAGUUUAAGUAUUCCUGUGGUGGCAAACGGGGACAUUUUCAGCUUACGUGACGCCGAUGCGAUGCAUUGCUCAACGAAUUGUGACGGUGUCAUGUCCGCUCGUGGCAUUCUCUCCAAUCCUGCACUAUAUGCUGGUUUCGAGCGAACUCCACUAGAAUGCAUCCAGCAAUGGCUCAACAUUACCGCCCAAGCCGACACGGACAUAACGUACCAAGCCAUGCACCACCAUCUGACGUUCAUGGCGGAAUCGCUGCUGACCAAGGAACAACGGGUAAUGUUCAACAACCUAACCAAAGACAAGGGCCGGGUGUAUGAUUUCUUCCGAGAGCAUUUCCAAUUAGAACCACAGCCUUGCAGUCAUCCACCGAAGCUGGUAUGUACCUUCGACGAUGAGGCAUAUCGAAAGAGAGCACGGUUGAGAGGAAGCGUUGGCAACGCAUGCGUCGAUGAGUACUCGUGUGAAAACCGAGAUGGCACAUUUUUCCAAAGCAAGGUUGGUGUCUUGCAUGAUGAACGCAGUGUGGAAGAUGUGGACUUUGCGGAGUGUAACUUGUUCGGAAAUGAUGAAAUAUAAUU